CGGAGAUGUUUCAUUAGCCAGUGAAGGGGACUCCCGGUCCCAAUCCUCAUUCCGACAGCUCGGUGACAGUCCCAAGGGAAACAACCGGGGCUAUAACUACCGGGACGAUUACCGGGACCCGGGAUCCCGAAGUUACCGAGAUGACAAAUACAACAAUGACAGAAAUGGGUCACCACAUUCUCACAGGCGUGGGGAUGAAACUUACCGACCAUCAAAUAAAUAUCAACAUGGAGAUGGGAGAGAUCGGUCACCUGAUAGACAUCAGCGUGGGGAUGGGAAAGAUCGGUCACCUGAUAGACAUCAGCGUGGGGAUGGAACUGAUCGAACAUCAAACUCAGAUAAACGUGGUGAUGGGACAGAUCGAUCAUCACGCACACAUCCACGUGGGGAUGGGAAGGAUCGGUCUUCACAUGCUCGUCAACGUGGGGAUGCGGCCGAUCUCCAGACAGAAAAAUAUAGUCGCUCGAAACGCGGCGGUGAUAGGGUGUCCCCUUCUAGGCGAUAUACCCCAAUCCCCAGACUUGACCCCUCCAGCCCCACUGGUAGUCGUGACCCCUCUCCUGAACGCACAGAGAGAGAUCAGCAGUAUAGGUCCAAUUCUCGAUCUCCUGAUCGGAAUUAUGGUAAAUAUGAUGAUAGGAAACGGGAGGACAGUUAUGAUAGGAAAAACACUGAUAGGUAUGAUGAUCCCAGCAAAAGGAACAAUGACCGUGACGAUCCUCAUGAUAAGCGUGAUAAUCGCUACAAUUAUGAUAACCGCUAUGACAAUCGCGAUGACAACUACAAUGAUCCAGACACAGGCAAUGACACAACAAGAGAUAGGUUUGACCGUGAAUCCCCCCGAUCAUCGGCGUAACCAUGGUUACAAGAAGGAUGGUGGCGGGGAGACAUAUCGCAGGUUGUCUCCUGACCCUGAGAGUUCAGUACAUAGUUACCCAGUUCUUCCACCAAUAAAUGACACCCCUCCUCGUUCAGCAGAACGUGGCCCUGGUAAGCAGGGCGAGAAUAAAGACCGCUCCUCAGAUCCCCGCUCAGCAACUUACACCACCAAUACCAAUACCGACUCGGGCAUUGCAGACUCAGGUGUUAGUCCAGAGGACCAGUACAACAGAGGACGGGACAACUAUGAGGACGAACUAGCAAGGAAGCGCCGUGAUCUUGGGAACAGGCUUGCCAAUGACAAGUUUGAUGCUUAUGAUGAUGAUGCCUUCCGGUUUGAAGACAUGGAAGACCGGGACCAGAUUGACCGGGACCGAUGGGAACGUGAUCGUGAGUACCGACGACGCUGGAUUGAGGAAGAAAGGAGAAGACGAGAAGAUGAGCUAGAAGCAAGGAAGAAGAGACAAGAGGCUGGGGAGGAAGAUGAUGACGAUGAUGACAGGAAGAAGAUGAAGAGAUCCGAAUCUGAAGAGGAACUAGCUAGGUACCCUUCCCCCCCAGAACUGAGAAUGGACUCCCCGAGGGACACUGAGUCAGCCAGACAGAGGACAAGGCAAGAAAGGGACCGUCUGAUGCACGAGCUAGAGAAUGCCCGGGAAGGCAGGAAGCACACCGAGAAGGAGAGGGAAGAGCUAGUCAAGAAAGCCAAGAUGCUGCAGAAUAAGACGCAGAACCGGAGGAACCACGCUCGGGAUAUAUGGAAGAAAAGAUACUUUGAAGAGAAGAAGAAGACUGCCCCUUUAGAGGAACAGACAAAUCGUCUGAAGCAUGAGCUGGAUAGCAUCCAUCGGAAACUCAUGUCCGCACUGGAGGGGCCCAAGGAGAAGAACAUCCGAUUGGGCGAACCAAAACCAUCUCUCAAGAAUAACUACAUAAUCCUGUGCACUAAACUGCAACAUGAAAUUGAAGACCUUCGACGUCGAGUGGAAAAUGCCAAAAUGAAACUGACUGCCGAGAUGAAGCUUCGCAACCAAGCUGAAGCAGAGUUACGGGCCUUGCGAGCAGAACUUACACAGAAGAAAAUCAACUUGACCUUGACCCGGAACCAACACCUUGCAGCCUUGAACCCUUCGGGAGAAGUGCCCUCGAGCCCACGCUCAGUUAUUGCACCACAGUCUUAGGGAUAAUAGUACCAUCGUGUAGUAAUUUAUUUACUGUUAUUUAUUCAUAUGACUCUACAGCACAGUAUUCUUUGUCUAUUCAAGAAUGAGAAUUAUAUUUAAAAUAUGUAACUAGGAAUAAAGUGGAUUUAUAUUUGAUAUGAAAAUUCAUGCUGAUGGUGGGGAAAUAUGAUUGAGAAUGGUCAUUUAUGAUAAAUUGUAGAUUAUAAGAUUAUUUUCAAAACUGUCAUUCAUGGAAGUUUAUUGUAGUUAAUAUAUGUUGUAAAGUGUGUAGUUUUGAAGAAGCAUUAUACAGUAUUUCAAAAAGUAUUUAUAUAAAGUAUUGCAAGAAUAGAUAAAUUGUCAAUGUCCCUAGUAUGUCUAUUGUUUAGAAACAGAUCAAGAGGUGUAUUACAACGCUGAUUUCAUCAUGUCAAUUGCAGUAUUGAAAUGUCAUUUAUAAUACUAUCUGAAAGUUUAGUUUAAGCUGCACAUCAUUUCCAACUUUGCUGUGCCUUAUACUAGAGCAAGUGCUUCUAUACAAUCUAAUGUCAUAUGCAUUCAUACACUUAGUGAGACACACCGAAAAAAGUACAGAUUGUAAGUUGUACUUUAUGUGUACAAAUUGUAUAGAAUUGUUUGUCAUGGAUGUAUAUUUUGUAAAUACUGUUGAAACAUUCUGUAACAGCGAAACCAAACUUUUCAUAUGUGCGACAUUAAAAUGCAAACAGGUUACCACCUUGUUACAAGCUGUCAUAAGAUUUUGAAUUAUUUUCAUGAAUUUGUAUCAAAAUAAAUAGUGAUAUGAAAGGGUUUGAAAAUACUGCUUACCAACAUGAUUUAAAGAGCAUGAUAAUAUUUACCAUAGUGAUAUAUUUUCAUAUUGGACUAAACUGCUGAGUCGACCAAAAUAAGAAAUAUGCUUUACUUUCAUAUUUGAUUAUCAUUGAAUAAUUGUUUCAUAAUGGCAUAUAAAAUCAAAUGUAUGUCUCACUUAUGCGUUUCUGUGACUGAAAUCUACCUGCCUGGUCGUAUUAAACAUUAUGAUAUUGACAUGGUACAUUUUCAGUAAUAUCUUUAAGCUGUAAAGAAUAAGCACAUUUUCUUGCUCUUAUAUUUUUGGAUUUGUCCCUGUAGUGUUCCUAUGUUUUCCUAUAAUCUCUCUUAACUAUGCUGUAAAUACAUGUAUUUUAUUUACAAAAGUACUGAAGUGCCAGUUUUAUAUAUUUACAGUGUUUGUUCACAAACUAAGUUAAGCUUAAGUAAAGUUUAAGAUUGUCUUUAUUUACCAUAUUGUACAUCUGUUUCCACAUGUAUAUUUCUACCUGUCCUUUUCACAAUUUUGUCUACUAAUUAUUUGAUUUUUACACUCCAAUAAUGUUAUAGGAAAUGUUGCUUCAGUAAUUCAUUAAGGGAGACAGGUGCUUAAUAAUUGUUUGAUUGUUUUUAUGAUUGUGGUGUUAGUUUCUCAAUUGUCAACCACAUUGCUCUAAUAACCACAUGUGUAACUUUUUGUAACACUCUGCUCAUUUCCUGACCUGUUAGUGGAUUUGUUGAGUAUAAUUCGUUAUGUGGAGUUGUGGCCCUUUUCUGUGCCUGGAUGUGAUGGUCAUUUGCAUGAAUCCACAUUUACCCUGUUAAAAAUCCUUGUGUUGCCAGAGCAAACCCAUAUUUGUGGGCUUUAUCAAAGAAGCAAAUGAAUGUCCACAAGCAGCUUCAUGUUUGAUUUCGUUCUAUAGGAACCAGCGUGUAACGAUAAUACUUUUUAUAGUGCUAUAAAAUCUGAAACGCUUUCUCUUAAAGAGGUCAAAAACAGUGAAGUAUGCCAAUUAUGUCUGUCAAAAGGCAUUUCAGUAUUGAUAUCGGAGCUUAGAUCUGAUGUAUUACUGAUCUCAAAGGAGUCCCAUAACUAAUUGUGUUUGUUUUUAUUGCUGAACUCUUACCAAGAUCUUACCAAGGAUUCAGUUAUGUUAAGGCUUUACAUCUUACAGAAUUAAUGAUCUGAAAUAUAUUGAUUUUUCAAUCAUGUAAGCUUUGUAUUUCUUGGAAAAAAAUUUUUUUCUCAAGUUUUAGGAAUUUCACUGCAUUUUGAAUUAAUAAUGUUUGUCUGAUGUGAUAUUUCAAAUAAUGAGUAUGUUUGGUCCACACAACUCCUCUCAGAAGUCAUGAAAUCAUAUUUAAUUAUGAUAUCACUUUAUUAUUAGUCAUAACCCCUCAUUGUUAUUGUAUAUUGUUAAUGACUUUUCAUAACUAAUAUCUGAUUAAUCAAGAUGUACACCAAUUUUCUUUUUUAAAAACAUAUCUUUUUCUAUUUUAGUAUUUUGUUCUUCCACAGACUUUAUGUUACAGAUUAGUUGAAGAAGGCACUUCCUAGUAAUGUCAAAUGUGCCUUUAUAUACAAACCGAUUAUGAAUAUAUUGUUAUACAGAUCUUAUUGUUGUACAGAAUUUUGCAGAGCAUGAAAUGUUUAUAGCAGCUACGUAUAGCUGAUUAUAUUAUUCCGUCCUCUGUGACUUCAUCAAAAGCAUCAUUGUGAUAUUUACGGUUUCUAGUUUGUCAGUUUCUACACCUUUUAAAAAGUACCAGUCACAUGUUUUAUGUUAAAUAUUUACCUUUGUUGACACUCCACUGUAAACAUGUCUAAAAGUCAACUUGCUAUUACCACUGAUUAUCACUGAUUAUCACUAUCGACUUUUGUGUUAUUAUCAUGGAAUAUCUGUACAAAAGUGAAUUUAUGGAUUUAUUAAUGAAGCACAGACUUUUUGUAUUAAGUUAGUUGACAGUGUUCAAUACAUUGUUAUAAAGAUAUUUGGAAAAAGGAUUAUUUGUUAGUGAUAUGAAUUUCUGAUGCAUCUUUUAUUGUAGUGUAUCAUCAUCAGUCAUAUCAGUGUAUUGUAGUUUAUGUUAAUAUUCUCAACCACCUAUCAACUAUUACGAGAUCACUGUAACGUUUUGUAUCUUCCUAGCAGCAGAUUCUAUUAAACAAUGAUCACUCUUUA